CUGGGCUAGAAUAUUUGUGUUUCCAUCCCUUAGUCUGGAUUGACCUCAUCAGGAAUGCUGCUUCAAAGGGAGUCUUUUCUCCCAUUGAUAUUGGCACUAAAGAUCCUUUUGCCAUGAACCUAUGUUGCAUGGUUCUCCCUGCAUUUUUGCAUCCUUCCUUAAACAACAACUCUGAUGACUCUGAAAGAGACAAAGCCCAGGCAACAGCCAUAGCACUUCAUGUUGCUAUUCGCUACCAUCUCUUCACUGACAUGACAACCUAUCUCCUGGAAAUGUUUGCUGUGUUUGUGCAUCCUUCAAAUGUUGACUCUUUCCCACCAUCUCUGAGGAUCCUCCUUGUGUUUGCUGAAUUUCUUAUCUCAAGACUUCCUUUGAAAGAACAAGCAAAUCCAGAUGCAGAUGAAAUCUAUGUCCUCACCAGAGUCAUUGAUGGCAUUGAGAAUCAUGACCUUUCUUCUUCCCAGGCGAUUGCAGCUGUCUUCAAUGUCCUUGAUCACUUCAUCAUAGACAAUUUGAAGAUGAUACCAAUAACAUUAGGUAAUUUUCUGCAUAUUAGGGUCCUAGCAGUUUACUCCAAGCUGGUCCAUAACCAAUGGCAUACUAUGUCCUCUAGAUCUCUGGAGGCAGUUGUCAAUUUCAUGCUUGACAAUCCCCAGGCCUAUGCUUCCCAUUUUGCAGGUGACAUCAUAGCCAAGGGUCUUCAUGAAGGCAGCCUGACAAUGUACAGUCUCUUUCAUGCAAAGCAAUGCUUAGAAUAUUUUGGGCAUCAUGGAUAUCAACCAUGGCAGGUGAUAGAACAGGAACAUAUUGAUU